GUAAGUAAAGCAUAUAAAUCGGUGGACAGAACAUUGUCGGCUCGCAUCCGCCGCCCGCCACCUGCAUCGCCGCCGUCGACCCGAUGCGUCACUUUCUUCCUGUUUUGUUUAACCAUUAGUGCUUUCACGGUGAACUCGUAUAUGCCUAGAAUCCAAUUAGCGUAGCAAUACUAUUUCCACGGUUGCUUGAAUACCUUUCGAUUUGCAAAACCCCUUUUUGUUUUUCUAAAAUUGAUUUUCCUGAAACGAUCAAGAAUUUUGCUCAACUUGGUCAAGAAUUCCCCAUUUUUUUCCCAAUUUUGUAGCUUAAUCAGACCUGCUGUAAUGGCGGAUUGGCAAGACAUGCUUCAAUCCGUUUUUAUUGGGAUCGUUUUCUCGUUUCUGCUCGCCAAGCUUUUCGCCGUAAUUUUUACCUUCCGCGAAGAGAAUCUUCGAAUCACUCGCGCUCAUUCUCCCGAAUCCGAAGGCGAACAGCGGACUGUAGAUCCUUCGUUAGGGUUUCCGGAAGAAAUCGACCCCUUGAUUCCGGGAGAUGCUAAAUCAGGUGGAGGAAGUGCUGCUGCUAGUGAGGAUAGCGAUAGUGAUAGCGAUGACGAUUGGGAGGGCGUGGAGAGCACUGAGUUGGAUGAAACCUUCAGUGCUGCAUCUGCGUUCGUCGCUGCCAUGGCUGCUAGUCAGGGUGCUGUAAAGGUUUCGAACGAUGUACAGCUGCAGCUGUACGGAUUGUACAAAAUAGCGACUGAGGGAAAGUGUUCUACGCCCCAACCUUCUGCGCUCAAAAUGACUGCUCGUGCCAAAUGGCAAGCGUGGAAUAAACUAGGGGCCAUGCCAGCCGAAGAAGCAAUGGAAAAGUACAUUGAUCUUGUUACCGAAUUAUAUCCCUCAUGGGCAGAUGGCGCCACCACUAAGAGAAAAGGUGAAAGCAGUAGUGAUGCUUCUGGUGCUGGCAACAAGGGGCCAAUUGGACCCGUUUUUAGCACAUUUGUUUACGAGGAAGAACCCGGAACUGAGCUUAAAAUGGAUGCCAUACAUGCCUUUGCACGAGAAGGAGAUGAAGGGAAGUUGCUGGAGUGUAUCGAGAGCAAUGUCCCCAUAAAUAUGAAAGAUAGCGAGGGCCGUACGCCUUUGCACUGGGCUGUGGAUCGAGGCCAUUUCAAUAUUACGGCUCUGCUUCUGGAGAAGAAGGCUGAUGUCAAUGCUCAGGACGACGAAGGGCAAACUGCGCUGCACUAUGCUGCAGUUUGUGAGAGGACCAACAUUGCUGAGCUACUUGUGAAGCACGGCGCUGAUGUAGAAGCGAAAGACAAGGAAGGAGAUGCUGCGAGGGAUCUUUGCCAAUCGAGUUGGCCGGGGUUGGAGUUCUUAUCCAAGUAAAGAAAAAAAGGUAUUUAUUCGACUGGUAAUUUAUGGACUUGUACAUGAUGGUUGGCUGGCUUCUAACGUUGUUGUGGGUAGUGUUCAAAUUUUGAAUACCGGGAAGGGAAGAGGUUGUCAUGGCUGAUACGCUUUUGUUAUGCUUGCUAAUUAAAAUGGAUGGUUUCUA